AUGUACAGGAAGAAUGCCGAUCUGGCAAUCACGGAGGCCAGGAAGAACGACAAUCUGAACAAGAACCACUACAGGGAUGCUUCGCCUUACGAUUGCACCCACGUGGUCCUGCUGAAUACCGAAAGCGGUGACUACAUCAAUGCCAACUACGUCAACAUGGAAAUUCCCCCGCCGGCGAUCAUCAACCGCUACAUCACCACCCAGGGGCCCCUGUCGACCACGGUGAACGACUUUUCGCGGAUGGUGCAGCAGGAGAGCAGCCAUUUGGGGGUGAUGCUGACUACCGUCAAGCGAGGCCGUCCCAAGUGUCACCAGUAUUGGCCUUCGGCAGACGAAGAAACGCUGUCCCUUUCGGCAGGAUUUUCCAUCAAAUGUCUCCACGAAAAACCGGACGAAACGGGCAGCUUCGUGUUUCGGGAUCUGGUGCUCACGGACGAGAAGACGAGCCAUGGCGUACCGGCCGAUACGGAGUUGUUCCUUCAGUUUACAGAGAAGGUACGUGCCGCGCGGAAUACUACUCUGCUGCAGGAGAUCGAAGCCAGUUUGAAAAAUGUCAAAUUGAGAACAAUGGAUGAUAAUGGAGGUUUGGAUUCGUCGGGGUGACGCAUUGUGCACACGGAUAGUGAUGAAAGUCCAAACGACAUGCCCUCCUCCACUUCGGUGCAUCAAUACAUAAGUGCCGCUAAUCCUCCCAUCAUCGUUCACUGCUCUGCUGGCAUUGGCCGAACGGGGGUUCUGAUCCUGAUGGACACAGCGCUUGCGUUGAUGGAAGCCAAGGAACCCGUCUAUCCGCUGGAUAUUGUACAGGCAAUGCGUGAUCAACGGGCUUGUACGGUGCAAAACGUGAGCCAGUAUCGCUUCGUGUGCGAAUGCAUCUGCGCAGCGUACAGAAUGAUGGUAACCAAAGAGAUAGCGGAAGCUAGAACCACUCCUCCCCCGCCGACAGUGCUCAAAACAAUCUCAACCAUCAACGGUACUGCACCGUUGGUUUCCUCCAGUGACGAUGACUCCAGCUCUCCACUGGAGGACGUCCCUCCAACAUCGUCGGAGCGCAAGGCUCCUCUGGCGGUGGAAACUACAAGCCUUACCACCACUACCACCACCCCCACGACCAACAACGUUACACCCACCAACGGCAUGGAAGGUCCUGGUGCUACUGCCAUCAACGGGAAAGCCGCAGACACCUGACGAAUAGAAACGAUUGUCUAGGUUCCUUG